CUUGAAAUUUUGUAAGAAAUAUUGAUCGUCGAAUGUAUUGACAGAAACAAAUUGAAGUUUCUAAACGAUCCUCUGCGAUCCUUAACUACCGUCGUUGUCAAACAUCAAAAUUUAACCCUACAGUAAACAUCUCAAAAUCCUCAGUUCAACUAAACUCACAAUCCACAAACUCCGAAGACCAUAAAAGAACCUACAGAAACUCGAUUAAGGCAUUAAUAAACGAUAUGAACACUGAUGCUAUACCUGCAAACGUACCAAGAUACGAAAAGUUAUCAAAACCGAAGGAAAGAAUCGAUCGAACGAGUAAUUACAAUGCUUUUAAUGUAAAGCCAGAGGCAUUAUCUUAUCAGAUUACAGACUCCAUAAACAAACUGGCUCAACCGAAACGAAAACAGGUCGCUAAUAUAUCAAACGUAACCAACUUAAGAACCUCCGCAAAUAAUGGGAAAGAACGCUACAAGUUGAUAAACAGCAACGAGCAAUCAAAGGACGCGCAAGAGUCGAAGAAGAAGAAAUUUUUGCUGGACACGUAUGCUCGCAUAGUUGCAGCCAGAAAUAAGCGAUGCUCGAAACGUCUGCACGAACUUGCGAAGCCGAAGAAUCCUGUUAGAAACGAUGCGUACGAUAAUUAUGAUUACUUUCAAACGAUGAAGAAGUACGAUGCGAAACCUCCGGCGCUGAAGAAAAAAUAAACAGAAUAAUAAGUGUAAUGUGUAACGGAAAU